CCUGCACCGUCUGACUCGACAACAUGGGUCUAGAGAAGGAGAAAUCGGACACAAGUAUAAUUAUGGACGAAGAUGAGUUCAACAGGUCGAUAGAGCCCAUUCUAUCCAAACAGGGGAAGGUGUACGCGGCGGCGCAGGACCGAGAUCCAAACGACAUCAACGCGCAUUUGAAGGUCGGUUUUGAGGAUGUCAUCGCGGAGCCAAUUUCCACGCACAGCUUCGACAGAGUGUGGAUAGGAAGCCACGCCGCCUUCGAGCUGGUCAAAUUCAUGUUUUACCGCCUGCUGACCACGCUGCUGGCUGUGCCCAUGGCUUUCAUCCUCGGACUGGUCUUCGGAGUGCUCAGCUGCAUUCAUAUCUGGCUGGUGAUGCCAGUGAUCCAGAGCUUCAUGAUGGUGCUACCAUCGGUCCAGAUAGUGUGGAGGAGUCUGACAGACAUGUUCGUCACUCCGCUCUUCCACAGCAUGGGGAAGGCCCUGUCCUCCAUUCAGGUUAAAACUACAGAGAACUGACACAGACACCUUUCUGUCCCCGAGGAGAAAGAUAUGCAGGGCAGACUGGAGUCCAUGGAAAAGGAGUGAAUAAUGCUAGUGGAAUACAUGAGCUCUUACAAAGUAAAAUAUGAAGAAUCAUAUACAAAGGACAACUAAAGGUUAAAAAAGUUUCAAAUUAUGGCCGUAAGGGCUGAGUUUUCAUAGCAGGUCUUGUGAAUUCGUGAAAACACAUCAAAUUGAGUUAAACUGCUCUGAAAAGCUUGGGACAUUUAUGACACAGUCAGCAUCAUUUCAUUGACUUUAUUUGAGUGUUUCCGACUUUACAAAGAGCUCACGUGUCCUACUCAGAAUUGAGUUGCUUUGCUGAUUGUGACCCCCUAAAAAAUUUCCAUUUGUCAUUCCAUUCCUUUGCAGCUGACAGAGUGGUGGAAUUACUGUUGCUAAGGCUAACAUACUUACCGCUGACUUGCUGACAGAUGUAAUAUUUCUGCUUUUUUUAUAUAUUUUUUUGUAUAUAUUGCAAAGCAUUCAGCGAGAAGUUGAAUGUAAUGAAGUGAAUCAGAUUAGACAGUCUGCUAGAGAGUAGAUUAUUUGAAUAUUAAAUGCUGAGAUGCAGCUUGUUGCACAUUUUGCAGGCUUAUUUUAAUGUAUCUGCUGUGUUGAUCUCACAGUGCAUCUGCAAUAAUAUUGGGCAUUUGCUUAUAUAUGGACCUAACUGUUAUUUAACUGUGUCAAAGGAAACGUCAUUGUAGAUCAUCUAGGAGGGGGCCUUCUAAUUUAUUACAUAUGCAACAAGCAGUUCUUGAUUGACAAACAGUGACAGAGGAGGACUUUACUGCAGUGUGAUGAAGGUGUUCCACAUCUUGUACUGUGUUUGAUUGAAGCCUCGGUUGAGCUGAGACUCUGGUACACGCCAUUUAGAGGUUCUUUUUUUGUUUUCUAUAGUCCUGCAAAUUUGGAGGAGUCAGAAAACAAUAUGGUUUUUACUUUUUUGCAGUGGUGUUGCUGAAAUACGUUUCCCUGCGCAGCUCUCUUUUAAUGUGCUCUACUAUCUUAAAAUAUCUCACCGACCAUUAAUUUAACCCCGAAAAACCUCAUCUCUGCAUAUCAAAGUCAGGUAUUGAGGUUUUUUUUUGGGUUAUGGCUCAGAUGCUUCCUCUAGAAUAUGAUUAUCUGGAAAGGCCCUCUGUCUAUGUACUCCCUCCUGGUCCAGCUCACCUAUGAUUCUGCAUAAACUCUAAAGCUACUCUUUGCUUCAUGGUGAUAAAUUGUAGGGCUGGAGUGUUUCAGCUGUACAGGUCUAAACCAGAAACAGAUUCUUAGGAAAAUAAUUUUUUAUUGCACCGGGUUUUUAAGCUUAGAGGGCGAUAUAGAAAGAAUCAUUGUAACAGUCAGAGAGCUGAGUUGCUCACAAAUACUGAUCUAUGCAUUGUGUUGAGUUCAUGAGAGGAGACCUUGAUAUUUAGAGUUGCAUUAAUUCUUUGUUUUGAUCUUUUACAGACUAAAAUGUAAAAUAAAACACACACCUGAAUACCUUUGAUAGCAAGGAGUUGCACAUCCAGCCAUUGCUGAACAAUAUUAGCAUUCAUAUGGAACUGUGAUUCUGCUCUACUUUCACUCCUUUAAAACAUCUGAAGCUAGUUACUGACUGUAUCUGUUUAAGGUUUGGUGCUGGACAGACAGUGGAUUUACCCAACCCAAAGAUGGACAGACCUCUCUGAUAUCAGCCAAACUUUGAACCAGUAAGCCUGCUGGAUCCAGUUUACUGUUUGCAGCAGGUGAUCAUCCAGAUUUUCCCACAAAGAGGAAGCACAUCCAGCAGAUUGCACUUAAGAUUAAAGCUACAUUUGCAUCAGACGGUUUUAACUUGUUACUCAUGCAGGCUAACCAGCUGAACCUCUGAAUCAAACUGCAGCUGGAGAAUGUGCCAUGUGAUGUUUUGUUUUCAUCUGCGCAGCCUUGUGUGCAGUUCUGCAUCUCUCGGAGGAUAUUUAAGGUAGGGUUGUGCAAUAGUGGAAGACAGGUGUGAGACUGAGGCUUUUUUCUCUCCUCAGCUAUAUAAUGUAGAACUAAUCAACCUUGGUUCAGCCCCACUAUUCAUUCAUUCUUUGACGGCUUCCAUAUUAGGCAAAAGAUCAUAAAUAUGACAAUACCGCUUUUAUCAGUUUGGAUUUCCUUUUCUGGAACCUUUUUUGACUCUUGCUUUCCUCUGACUUGAUGAACUCAUUUUGGAACUGAAACUCUUUUACUUUAACAAGCCAAAUGUGUACUUCGUGACCAAAAUAAAGACAAUUUUUCCUGAAGGUAA